AUGGCACCCAAGAAGGCCGCUCCCGCCGCGGCGCCGCCGGCGCAGAGGAAGCCCGCGCCGGCCUCGCCGGCCAAGACGACCUACCUCGUCGCCUACAACUUCGUCUCGGCCGUGCUCUGGGCCACCGUCCUCGGCCGCGUCGUCGCCGUCUACGCCAUGCGCGGCCCGGCCGCCGUGCACCUCUUCACCGGCGACUUUGCGCGCUGGACCCAGACCCUCGCCGGCAUGGAGGUCCUGCACGCCCUCUUCGGCAUCGUCCGCUCCCCGCUCUUCACGACCGUCGUGCAGGUCCUCUCGCGCUUCGUCCUCGUCUGGGCCGUCGUCUACCCCUUCCCGCAGCUCGCCGCCAGCCCCUUCUACUCGUCCAUGCUGCUCGCCUGGAGCCUGACCGAGGUCAUCCGCUACACCUACUUCGCCGUCAGCCUCUCGUCGGGCGCCCGCGGCUGCCCGCCGGCCUUCACCUGGCUGCGCUACAGCACCUUCACCGUGCUCUACCCCGUCGGCAUCCUCAGCGAGUGCGCCAUGAUCUGGCUCGCCGCCGAGGGCCCCGCCGCGGCGCUCCACGAGCUGGCGCCCUGGGUCCUGCGCGCCGUGCUCCUCCUCUACGUCCCCGGGUCCUACAUCAUGUACACGCACAUGAUGAAGCAGCGGAGGAAGGUGCUCGCCCGGCAAAAGACUGAGUAA